CAUAGCAACACAAGGUCGCCACAUCUCCGCCGUAAAGCGUCCGCAAGUGCCGCGAGGCGGCGAGAAUAAUAACAAGAGGAGCGCAGUGGGGAAGGCGAGCAGGGCGGCAGCGGCAGAGGCAGAGGCGCAGCACAGCUGAGGAGACGGAGCGUCACGGUACGGGGACGCGACAAGACAAGCAGCGGCACUGCGCCCCGGACAGCGGCCACCUCAGGGAAUGUGACUGCUGGACUGGCCCCGCCACCCCUACUGCUGAGACCCUUCACUGCCGGCCAGUGAGUCCAAACGGGCACUGCGGGUGCAGAGUGGAAGACACAAGACCUGCAAUGAAUGUUGCAGCACCCUGAGAUGAAUGCUUGAUUUGCCUGGUGGGUAAAAAUGGCAUCGACGGAGAGGCUGUACGAGCUGUGGAUGCUGUACUGCAAUAAGAAAGACGCUGGGUAUCUGAAGCUCUGGCUGGAGAUCUAUGUUGGCGCCUACGAGAAGUGCCUGGAUGUGGACUUCGAGAAGCCACCCACGAGGCUCGAGGAAGUUCCCCCAGUGAUGUCUUUACUACCAGACAACAUGCUGCAGGUUUUGAGACACCAGCUCCUUCAAUGUGUCCAGAAGUUGUCCGAUGGCCUGGAGGAAGAGCAGCAGACCUUGGCUUUGCUCCUCGUCAAGUUCCUCAUCAUCGUCUGCAGAAACCUGUCGAACGUAGAGGAGAUUGGGACGUGCUCAUUCAUCAACCAUGUGAUCACUAUGACAACGCUGUAUAUCCAACAGCUAAAGAGCAGGACUAAGGAAAAGGAGCUGGCCGACCAGACUGUCGCUGAGGAGUUUGUCCGUCACACGCUGACCUUCUGUGAAAGUCUCUAUGACCCAUACCGUAACUGGAGACGCCGGGCUGCUGGUGAGGUGCUCAGUCCAACAGAGAAAAGUCGUCAGAAACACAAGGCUGCUCCCCUGACACUGGAGUUCGUCCCCUUCUUCUAUCAAUGCUUCCAGGAGAGUGAGCACCUGAAGGAGAGUCUCAAGUGUUGUCUGCUGCAUCUGUUUGGGGCCAUCGUGGCGGGCAGUCAGCGUAACGCUCUGCAAGCGAUUUCGCCGGCCACAAUGGAUGUCCUGAUGAGGCUUCUGGCAGAUUGUGACUCCCAGGAGGAUCGGGACCCCGACGACAUCAGCCGGAAAGCGGAGCUGACCCUGCUGUGCCUGACGGAGGUGGUGCAGGUGCUCCUGUCCAGCAGCUCUGACCAGCGGCAGGUGGAGAUCAGCACGAUCAUGGAGAACUACUUCAAGCUGUUAAACUCGGAUGCCUCCAUGCUGCCGGCCAAGGCCAAGUCCAGGCAAUGGGAGAACCACUUCAUCGCACUGCAGAUUCGGAUGCUGAACUCCAUCACGGACAUGUUCAACUGCUCCGACCGGCCAGUCCUCCAAGCCGUCUACCUCAACAGCAACUGUUUUGAGCAUCUCAUCCGUCUGCUGCAGAACAGCAAGCUGCUUGUAAACGCUCGAUGUAACUCGGCCGACAAGACUGAGAAAGAUCUUGCCAACCAAUUACUGACAGAGGCCCAGGUACUUCAUGGACGGCUGGAUUGUCUGGCAAUCUCGGCAAUCAAGACCCUUACCACGGUGAUGCUGAAGUCCCCAGCUGCUAAGGAAGUCUUUAAAGAGAGAAUUGGCUACACACACUUGCAUGAAGUGUUGAAAUCGCUGGGUCAACCAUCACGGGAGCUGCUUCAGGAGCUGAUGAACAUGGCCGUUGAAGGUGACCACACCUCUGUUGGCCUCCUGGGAAUCAGCAAUGUCCAGCCUCUGCUGCUGCUCAUACGCUGGCUGCCGGACCUCGCCUCGCAUGACCUUCAGAUUUUCAUCUCUGACUGGCUAAAAAGAAUCUGCAGCAUCAACCGCCAGAGUCGCACCAUCUGCGUCAAUGCCUCUAUGGUCAUCUGCCUCCUGGACACCUUGGCCUACCACAGCUGCCUUCAUCGCACGUGUGCCGAGAACGUGAUCAGUCUCCUCGGCUCCUUGGGCAGCCAGUCGCUGAGCUCGGUAGAGCUGCGCCAGCUCCUGAGACUCUUGCGGACGGAAGAAGCUAAGCAGACCCACCCUUAUGUCGUGCCGAUGAUGAGGGCGAUCCUGGGCAUGGCACGCAAGCAAGAGUUUGAGAACGCACUGCAGUAUUUCGACUUGUCCCCCAGCAUGGCGGGGAUCUCUCUGCCCAGCAUCCAGCGUUGGCCCGGCUAUGCCUUCAGCUUCUACGCCUGGCUUUGCCUGGAUCAGGAGCAGCAGGUCCCUGGGCUUUUCAGCAAAGGAGGGAAGAGGAAGCAGUUGUACAGUUUUUUUACAGCCAGCGGGACAGGGUUUGAAGCCUUCUUCACCUCUUCGGGGACCUUAGUUGUCGCAGUGUGUACCAAGAAGGAAUACGCGACCGUCAUGCUGCCAGAUCACUGCUUCUGUGACUCCUUGUGGCACUGCAUAGCCGUGGUUCACAUCCCAGGCAAGAGACCGUUUGGACAGAGUUUGGUUUCCAUUUACAUCAAUGGGCAGCAGAAGCUGACAACUCCACUCAAGUUUCCACUGAUGAAUGAGCCCUUUACCUCCUGUUGCAUUGGAUCUGCUGGCCAAAGGACCACCACGCCGACCCCAACACAGAUUCCUGACCCUCCAUUCUCUACGCCCACCACUCCUGGACGCACAUCUCUUGGGGGGAUCUUGUCUCCACCCAGUUGGGGUGGAAGUAUGGGAAAACCGGAGUCCGUGACCAGGUUGAUCUCUGCUGGGACACAGGACAGUGAGUGGGGCUCCCCAACAUCGCUAGAAGGCCAGCUGGGCUGUGUGCUCGUCUUCCAUGAAGCUCUGCAACCCGCCCAAGUCAAGGCACUAUAUUGCACAGGGCCCAACUGUGUUUCUCCAUUAAAAAGUCAGGAUUCGGACGUCGGUGACCUGCAUUCUAAGCUCCUUCUGUUUUAUGUUCCAAAGGCCUGCAGAAACCCCAUCUGUCUGGACUUGUCGUCAAACCUCCUUCAUGGCAGACUGACGGGCAACAAGGUGGUGAACUGGGAUAUUAAGGACAUGAUCAACACCAUUGGUGGAGUCAACGCCCUCUUCCCUCUGCUGGAGCAAAUCAGUCACCUAAGCAGGACAGAGAAAGUCGACAGGGACCCCACCGGCGACUACAUCACCACUGAUCUGUCGACGCCAAUGGAAGGAGACUGGGUGGUGCUGCCCUCAACUAGGGCCUCAGAGGCUCGGCUGGAGAAAAACAUCGUAGCCACGUUUCUACUGCUGAUGAAGCACUUCAUCCGGAGACACCCCAUCAACCAGGAAAGCCUGAUCCACUCUCACGGGGUGGCCACUCUGGGGGCUCUCCUGCAGAAGAUGCCCAGCCGUCUGAUGGAUGUGAAUGUGCUCGUUGGGGUCCAGUUGCUCAUCGAGCAGGUCAGCUCGGAGAAGAACAUGCAGCUCCUUCAUCAGAUGCACCAGCACCUCCUCUUUGACUUUCGCCUCUGGAAUCAAGGAGACUUUCCUUUUAGAAUUGGGCACAUUCAGUACCUGUCCACCAUAAUCAAAGAUGGCCGGAAACAGUUCAAGAGAAAAUACGGAGUGCAGUUUCUGCUGGACACCAUCCGCUUGUACUACGGGGCGCAUGCAGAGGACAGCGAGCUGAGCGCAGACGAUGUCAGAACGAUCCGCGCGUCCCUCUUUGGGCUGCUCAAGUACUUUCUGAGCAAAGGCGUCAUGGUGGAGGAUGUGCAGAGCAUUCUGGGAUACAUUGCUGCCAUUGGAGAGGAGGAGCAGCUCUGCGGGAUUUUAGAAAUCUUACUGAGCCUGCUGCAGACCAGCGCCGCCCGGGACCAACUCUUCCUGCUGCUCUUUGAAGUCGGCAAUGCAGAAAUCUUCUACACGUUGCUGGUCAACCACAAGUACUCGGACAAAGUCAGAGAGCUGGUGUUUAAGGUUUUUGAGAGGAUGCUGAAAUGCGACAAGGUGUACGAGAAGAGCAAGCAGCGAAUCAGACUGCGCGAGGUGGGCUAUUCGGGCCUCAUGCUGCUCUUUAACGACCUUCCCAUUACACACGUGCUUAUUAAGAGCCUGUUGAAUCAGGUGCUGAGCAUAGAUCAAGCGGUCAGCUACAAGGACCUGAUGGCGGUGGUGGAGUUGUCUCAUAAAGCGGGCUUGAGUGUGCGGCUGCUGAUCUGCAGAAAGCUUCACCACCUGUUACAGAUGCACCAGGACGCCUCCCAGCAAAUCUCACGACAGCCUGGAUGGCAGGAGACACUGGUUAAGCUCUUCCUCAGGGAAAAUGCAGAACUGCGAGACGGGAGCAGCAGGACGGACUCCUCCAGCUCCAGCAGUUUGGAUCUGCUCAAGAGCCGGAACAGUGUGGCCGAAUCUCAUCAGGGUCCAGAGAAGAAAAGCCCUGGGGACCUUCAGAUCUUGGAGGUAUUGGACGGCAGAGAAGAGAUGGACAUAUCGGUGGACUCCCUCAUCAUUACGGAUGGACCGAUGGGUAACGGGAAUGCGACGCCCUCAGAGCUGCAGAGCAGGAGCUGGCCUGGCAAGCCGGGGGACUUGACGCUGGACCUGUCCAGGAUCGGCCCCACCGAGCCGGAGCACAGUGGAAGUCAAACCCCCGGAAGCCUGCCAAGCACACCUUCGCCCCUGGAGACCAGCAAGCCUUUUCCCAGCAUCCAGUACGACCGGGAGCCAUCACUGAUGACGGAGGACAGCUUCAGCUUCACUGAAGACUUUCUGUUUGACAGCUUUGUUGGCGGGGAGAGGAGCGAGGAGGAGCUGACCCGAAUGUUGACAGAGAUUUUGCUGUGCGUUAUGUGGAGAGGUGUGGACGGCUCUGACGACGCGGCAUGGCAGGAUCGCGGGCAGGUCUUCUCUGCUCUUACUAAACUGGGAACGGCCAACGAACUGCUGCUCCCCGUGGACGAGAUUAAAUUGAGUCUCCUGGAGAAGAUGCUGGAGUGGGCGGUGACGGACAACAGGGAGGCGUCGGCAGCCACCUUGCCAGUCCACACGGAGAAUGCUGUCCGGCUGCUCCACAUAGUCCAGGACUUCCUUCAGGCAGAGGGCCUGGUCAACCCCAGCAUGUGGACAGAGAAGGUCCUCGAGGAGGCUGUGACCUUGAUGGACGGCCUCAUGGUGUGGUACACGUCUGGCACCCAGUGGAUGCAGCUCUCUCAGAUUGGCGUGAGGCUCCUGCUGGGCUUCAUGGCGCAGGAUAACAUACAGCUGUGUGCCAUGGCCACUGCCAAGCUGAACACCAUCCUUCAGACCAAGUCAGUUGAGAGCCAGGAGGAAGCCUGCUAUCUGCUGGGCAAACUGGAGGCCAUCCUGAUCAAGUCCAUCCGGGACCGCACUGAGACGUACUCCUUCCUGAUCCCGCUCAUCCGCACUCUGCUGUCCAAGAUCUACGAGCUCCUCUACAUGCAGCUGCACCUGCCCGGGCUGCCCAACACCAACGGCAGCCCCUCAUUUUUUGAGGACUUCCGGGAGUACUGCGGCUCCGAAGAGUGGCGCAUCUACCUGGACAAAUAUAUCAUCCCCUACAUGAAGCAGUACGAAAUUGAAAUGUUCAGCAGGAGCCACGAGGCCAUGGCCAUCUUCUGGAAGGACUGCUACGAGGCCUUCAUGGUCAACCUGCACAGGAGGGAGAGGGAAAAGGGGGAGAGCAAACUGAAAUUUCAGGAGUUCUUUGUGGAGCCUUUCACACGCAGAGCGAGACAAGAAAAUCUGCGCUACAACAGCAUGCUGAAGCAGAUGACGUUACAGCACAGCGCCACCCUGAGGCAGUGGAAGGCAGCCUACCGAGAGCUGGUGUGUGCCAGGGGACCCUGGGCAGACAGGUGUCCCACCCCUCUGCACUGGAAGUUGUCCAGCGCUGAAAACUACUCACGCAUGAGGCUCAAACUGGUGCCAAACUACAGCUUUGACCCCCACGUGGAUGCCAGCGCCCUGAGAGAUAAUCUGGGAGUCCAGCACAGCCAGCCAUCGAACGAGUCCCUGCUGCUGGAGGCGGCGAAACAAGUGAAGGUCAGCGGCCUCGAGGACGACAUGUUGGAUCUCCCUGAGGAGGAGCUCGCCCCUGGCUCCACGAAUGAAGAUGGUGACCAGAAUCAGAAGGAGAAGCUUGUAAUCACAGAGGACUGUGAACUCAUCACCGUGAUGGACAUCAUUCCUGGCCGGCUGGAAGUGACCACGCAGCACAUUUACUUUUUUGAUGGCAGCAUUGAGAAGGAGGAAGGGGUGGGCUACGAUUUCAAGUGGCCGCUCUCGCAGAUCAGGGAGAUGCACUUGCGGCGCUACAACCUCCGGCGGUCCGCUCUGGAGAUCUUCUUAAUCGACCAGACAAACUACUUCCUGAACUUCAAGAAAGAGCAAAGGAACAAGGUGUACAGCCGGAUUCUGUCUCUGCACACCCCAAACCUCCCCGGGACCCGCUCUCCUCAGGAACUGCUGAAAGCGUCUGGUUUGACUCAGAAAUGGGUGAACCGGGAGAUCUCCAACUUCGACUAUUUAAUUCAGCUGAACACCAUAGCGGGGAGGACGUACAACGACCUUGCACAGUACCCAGUGUUCCCCUGGAUUCUUGCCGACUACACCUCUGAGGAGCUCGAUCUGAACAACCCCGCCAUCUUCCGAGACCUGUCCAAACCUAUUGGUGUGGCGAACGAGAAGAACGCCAAAUGUGUGCGUGAAAGGUACGAGAACUUUGAGGAUCCCACCGGCACCAUCGACAAGUUCCACUACGGCACCCACUACUCCAACGCUGCUGGGGUGAUGCACUACCUGAUCAGAGUGGAGCCGUUCACAACACUGCACAUCCAGCUCCAGAGUGGCCGGUUCGACUGUGCAGACCGGCAGUUCCACUCCAUUCCAGCCACCUGGCAAGCACUCAUGGACAACCCCAAUGAUGUCAAGGAGCUCAUCCCUGAAUUCUUCUACUUUCCAGAAUUCUUGGAGAACCAGAACGACUUUGACCUUGGCCGCCUUCAGCUGACGAAAGACCGCGUCAACCAUGUGGUCCUCCCGAAUUGGGCAAAAUCCCCAGAGGAGUUCAUCUAUAAGCACCGGAAAGCCCUGGAGUCCGAGUUUGUGUCUGCGCACCUCCACGAGUGGAUCGACCUGAUCUUCGGCUUCAAGCAGAGGGGUCCCGCUGCCAUCGAGGCCCUCAACGUCUUCUACUACUGCACUUAUGAAGGAGCCGUCGACUUGGACAGCAUCGUCAACGAGAAAGAGAGGAAGGCCUUGGAAGGCAUGAUCAGCAAUUUUGGGCAGACGCCGUGUCAGCUGCUCAAGGAGCCUCAUCCCGUCCGGCUGUCAUCAGAGGAGGUGGAGAAGCGGCAGUCAAAGCUGGACAGCUACCCCCUGUCCAUCUUCCAGAACCUGUCGGAGCUCAAAUCCUUCUUUGUGGAGGGGAUCAGUGACAACAUCCCAAUAGUCAAGGCAGUGGUCCCCAAGAAUCAGGCGCACUCAUUCAUGUCUCAGGGCAGUCCGGACACACUGGUGACGGUGAGCCAGAACUGCCUGAUAGGAACUCAUGGAUGGCUGCCCUACGACAGGAGCAUCUCCAACUACUUCACGUUCACGAGGGACCCGACGGUGUCCAGCCCCAAGUAA